ACUUUUCUAUUCAACAUUUUUCUAUUUGCUCUUGGUUUAAACACAAGCUGGCAAAUCAAGUUUUUCAUAUAUUUAAUAUCUAAUUGACUUGUAUCAGCAUUCAGUCAUAAACUAGCAAUAAGCUGUGGCUUCAUUUUUCUCUUUCUGUGGGAAUAUAUUUUUUUUUUUCAACACUGUCAACUUUAUAUAUAAUCCUCAAAGUUUUUCUAUCUCUAUUUGCUUCAUUUCUUAAGCUCUUUUGUGAGCUUUGAAACUAGAGCUUCUUCUCUCCAUCAUCAUCAACAUGAGCUUCUAUCUACUUUUCCAUCUUUGGUUUCUUGCCUUUUCUUUUAUCUCUUCUAUGGCCUGGGGAGCUACUUUGCCCGAAGAUGAAGUGGAAGUAAUGAAAGAGAUAGGUAAAAGAGUCGGGAAGAAGGAUUGGGAUUUCAAUGUAGAUCCAUGCAGUGGACAAAGAAAUUGGACUUCAUCUAUUCAAGUCAAGGGAUUUGAAAAUGCUGUCACUUGCAAUUGCCUUUUUGCCAAUGCUACUAUCUGCCACGUCGUCAGCAUUGUUCUGAAGUCACAAAAUCUGUCGGGCACACUCCCAAGUGAACUAGUGAGAUUGCCAUACCUCCAAGAAAUUGACCUCACAAGAAACUACCUUAAUGGUACAAUACCUCCACAAUGGGGCUCCACCAACCUUGUCAACAUAUCCAUUCUUGGAAAUAGGGUAACAGGUCCAAUACCAAAAGAACUAGGAAACAUCACCACACUGAAAAGUUUGGUCCUGGAAUUCAAUCAAUUAUCUGGUGAGCUUCCUCCAGAGCUUGGGAAUCUCCCUCAACUUGAAAGAUUGCUUCUUACCUCCAACUAUUUUACGGGAAAUUUACCUGCAACAUUUGCUAGGCUCACUACACUAAAGCAAAUUCGACUUGGUGACAAUCAGUUCUCUGGAACUUUACCAGAUUUCAUUCAGAGAUGGAGAAGUCUGGAGAGGCUGUAUGAACUUAUCUUGUUGUGCAAUUUGAAUAUAUUUGUUGAUUGGUUUAUUAGGUCAAUUGUUUUUAACUUUAACAGGGUGAUGCAAGGGAGUGGUUUCAGUGGGCCAAUUCCUUCUGGAAUUUCAUUUUUGAACAACCUCACUGAUUUGAGAAUUAGUGACUUGAAAGGACCAGAUUCUACAUUCCCCCAACUUAAAAACUUAACAAAUUUGCAGACACUAAUACUGAGGAGUUGCAAUCUUAUAGGAAUGGUUCCUGAAUACCUCGGAGAUUUUACGGGCUUACGAUCAUUAGAUCUCAGCUUUAACAAAUUAACGGGACCGAUUCCAAGAACCUUGGGUGGCCUAAACGAUAUAAAUAUAUUAUAUUUAACCGGAAACCGUUUCACUGGACCACUACCCAACUGGAUAGAUAGGCCAGACUACACUGAUCUCUCAUACAACAAUUUGAGCAUCCAAAACCCAGAGCAAUUGACCUGUCAACAGGGAAGUGUGAACUUGUUUGCAUCAUCAUUGAAGGGAAAUAAUGACUUGGGAAUCAUUCCAUGUCUAGGGAAGAUUAACUGUCCUAAAACCUGGUACUCUCUCCAUGUAAAUUGUGGAGGGAAGUUAAUUUCUAAUGGAAACAUAAAGUAUGAUGAUGACUCACAAGAAGCUGGACCAGCAAGGUUUCGUCAAACAGGAUCAAAUUGGGUAUUCAGCAACACUGGUCAUUUCUUUGAUAGUGGUCGAGUAGAUUACUAUACUUGGUCUAACACAACAAAGCUUGAUAUGAACAAUGGCGAAUUAUAUAUGGAUGCACGUGUCUCUGCCCUUUCUCUCAUAUAUUAUGCCUUCUGCAUGGGAAACGGAAGCUACACAAUAAGCCUUCAUUUUGCAGAAAUAAUGUUCACUCAUGAUCAAACCUAUAGCAGCCUUGGAAGGCGCAUAUUUGACAUAUAUGUUCAGAGAAAGUUGGUGCUGAAGGAUUUCAAUAUUGCAAAAGAAGCAGGAGGAGUUGGUAAAGCAAUCAUUAAAAAGUUCACUACUUUUGUGAAUAGUAGUACCUUAGAGAUUCGGUUGCAGUGGGCUGGGAAAGGAACAACUGGUAUACCGUUUGGAUCAGUUCAUGGUCCUCUUAUAUCAGCUAUAUCAGUUGAUCCUGAUUUUACACCACAAGAGGAAGAUAAAGAUGGUGUACCUAAGCAUUAUGUUGUUGGAAUUGUAGUUACUGGAGCACUUGUAAUCAUCAUAAUAUUUGGCGUAGCUUGGUGGAGAGGAUGUUUCAGGAGAAAGGUGUCUUUAGAAAAAGAACUAAUGGGUGUAGAUUUCCAAACUAGCUUAUUUAGCUUACGACAAAUCAAAGCUGCAACUAAAAACUUUGAUAUUAACUUCAAGAUUGGAGAAGGAGGUUUUGGACCUGUUUACAAGGGUGUUCUCUCAGAUGGCACGAUAAUAGCAGUUAAACAACUUUCUUCUAAAUCGAGACAAGGAAAUCGUGAGUUUAUAAACGAGAUUGGUAUGAUUUCUGCUUUGAAACAUCCUUCUCUAGUUAAACUUUAUGGUUGUUGCAUGGAGGGAGAUCAGUUGAUGCUGAUAUAUGAAUACAUGGAAAACAACAGUCUUGCUCGUGCUUUAUUUGCACCAGAAAAAUCUCAGUUGAAGUUGGAUUGGUCAACAAGGCAAAGGAUAUGUGUUGGUAUUGCUAGAGGUUUGGCUUAUCUUCAUGGAGAGUCAAGGCUAAAGAUAGUUCAUAGAGACAUCAAGGCCACUAAUGUGUUAUUAGACAAAGAUCUCAACCCAAAGAUUUCUGAUUUUGGUUUGGCUAAACUUGAUGAAGAGGGCUCCACACACAUAACUACCAGAGUAGCUGGCACCUAUGGAUAUAUGGCUCCAGAAUAUGCCAUGCAUGGUUAUUUAACUGAUAAAGCAGAUGUGUAUAGUUUUGGCAUUGUUGCACUAGAAAUUAUUAGUGGAAAAAGUAACACCAUGAACUGGCCAAAGGAAGGAUGUUUCUCUCUCGUUGAUUUCGUGCAUCUCUUGAGAGAACAAGGUGAUCUAAUGAACCUAGUUGAUGAGAGGUUGGGUAAUGAUUUCAAAAGAGAAGAAGUAGUGAUAAUGAUUAAUGUGGGUCUAUUAUGCACACAAGUUUCUCCAAUUCAUAGACCCACAAUGGCUUCAGUUGUAUGCAUGCUUGAAGGAAAAAGUGAUGUUGAAGAGGUGGUGUUAGAUACAAGUGAAGUAUUAGAUGGAAAGAAGUUGGAGAUGAAACAAUAUUACAAUAUGAGAGAGAAAAACAAGACUCGUGAAAUACCAGAAGAGAGCAUCUCAAUGGGUGAAACUUCAGCAUUUAUGUCUGAUACAGAUCUACACUCUAUCAACAUGGAUUCUUCUUUCCUAAAGAAAAAGUUAAUAGAUAUAUAAUAAUCAUCACCUACUAGAUGAUACAUAGAUUAUACUUAGGUAUAUCCUUGUUUUGUAUUUAUAUUAUUGAAAAGCAAAACGUAUUUGCACAAUACAAUACUUUUAGGGUCAUCUUGUUAUGGAUGCCAAUGUCGUAAGUUAACUGAUCCGAAUACGGUGGUAAAAAGAUGUCUUUUGUCAUUGU